AUGAGAAAGAAGUAACAAUUGAUAACAAUGGAAAAAGAGAAUGAUUCUUCUUUACCUACAACAGCAAUUGCAUCUUAAAAAAGUAAAGAUAUCAGGCAAUUAUUUUGAAAGAGUUUCCCAAUAAGGAAUUGGAGAAUGACCUACUUGAGUACAAAGCCAAAAUGAUCAACCAUAUUGAGAAUAGAAUUUUGCAAUCAUAAAAGAAGUUAGAAGACUCCAUACGAGAGGAAAUGGAGCAAUUUGAAUAAUAGAUUUCAAAAACUAUUCAUGAUUUAAGAGAUGAUCAAUAUGACCACAAAGUAAGUUCAAUAAAUCAUGAGGAAAAAUAAAUGGAAAAAGUGUUUAGGUAUGAAUUGAAUCAAAAUUAAAUAGAUAUAAACCUUCUCUUUUGUCUGAAAUGAUGAAAUAGUCUGAUUAUAAAACUCUUUACCAUAUGAUGAUGGCUAGUAUGUUUAUUUUGAUGGGAAACCUAUGGAUAUAAGACUAUCUGGAGAGAGGCAUCAUAUUUGACAUGGAUACAUUCUUUUGGUGCUUUUAGACUCCAUUGUUAGUAGCAGAAAUUUGGUUUGCUUUAGUUUUAUCCAGUUACUUUACUGUGUAUUGGGUGAUCCACUGUUACUAAAAUAAGAUAAAGCCAUUCACAGCUAUUCUUGUAUUCAGUCUACAAUAGGUGAUAAGCAUUAUGGCAGCUUGUUAUAUGACAACUGCUUGGGUGGUAAUGAAACUAAAUUAAAAUAGAAUGGGUUUGGAUCAAGGAUGAUUGUGAUGUGUGAAGCAGUCAGAAUGAUGAUGAAAAACUAUUCUUAUGCUCGUAAUAAAAUGCUUUAUUGUACAGAGAAUAAAUAUAAAUAUUUUAUUCUUUAAUCUUUCGGAAAUAAAGGAAUCACUAAACAAAAUGCUUUGCUUCCCGACAUCAAUAUACAAUCCCUUACUUACGAACUCAAGAGGUACACUUAUUUCUUCUUGGCUCCAACCUUGUUAUACCGAGACUAUUACGUGAAAGCUCCCAACUACUCAAGGAAAAAAGUGAUCAUAGAAUUCGCCAAUUUCUUUUUGUGUAUUUAUUAUGGGUUUAUUCUAUUCAGAUCAUUCUGCAAAGAGCCAAUACUUUAAUUGAGGUAUUGUAUUAAAUAAUCAGUAGAGAAAACUUGACUUUGAUGAAUUUUAUUGUAACUUUGUACAAAUUGAUGAUGCCGUCUACUUUUUCACUCGUUCUGGUCUUCUUUGGAUUACUUCACAGUUGGUUUAAUGGAUGGGCAGAACUAUUGAGAUUUCCAGACAGAACAUUCUAUCAUGAUUGGUGGACAGCCUCUGAAUUUGGAUAGUAUUAUAGAAAAUGGAAUGUCAUAGUUCAUGAAUUCCUCUACUAUUACGUUUAUUUGGAUAGCGAGAAAUUGAGUUAAGGAAAGAGAAGCAGACUCUUUAGGUAAUUGAUCACUUUUGGUUGCUCUGCAGUCAUACAUGAGAUCAUUCUUACUUUUGCCUUAGGUUUUUUCUACCCUAUAUGUUUUCUUUUAUUUACUGGGCCAGGUAUUUUAUUCAUUUAGGCUAAGGGAAUCUUUAAAUAGGUAUUUCUCAUCAUUAUAAAAGGGUUGGUUUAACAUUUUAUUUUGGGUUUUGAUGUAUAUUGGAACUUCUGUUAUGAUCACCUUGUACUUGACUGAAUAUUAUGCGAGGAUUCUCAUUAAUGAAAGUUUAGUUGAGUAAAGAUGGGGAAUUAUCUAAUAUCUGAUUCCUAGAACAUUUUAUUUAAUCACAGGAAAUUGA